UUCCAUGGUGAACUAAAAUCACAGUGCCAUUGUUAGUUGAAGAAAGCAAAAACUGGUUGUCGAUAUAAUUAUUCUCAAGUUUCUUCUUUAAUAUAAUGGCUAAUGUACGAAGCCAUGCCAACUUGGUAACUAAUAACUCAUAGCUUUUUUCAAAUUUGCAAGUGUACCUUAGGCACAAAUAACUAAUAAUAAUAGAACAGUAUUUUUCUUAAUUAAAAACUGAGCUUUUAUCAAAAACAAAUGAAAGAAUGCAAGGACAUUAAAAAAAAUUAAGUCCAGACAAAAGAAGUCCAUCAAUAAAAGAGGACUCAAAUCAAGCAAAAAAUGAAACUAUGAGAAUAAUUAUGAUAGGAACCAAAACACAAUCAAUCUAUAUUGAAAUGUAAAUAAUAAAAACUUGCAAGAUAGCUGGGUGUUUUGAGGUAUUUGACCCUCCCCUCUAGGAUGUGUUUUUUCUUUUUGGAAAUAGAGACAAGCCUCUUUAUUAGUGAUAUUUUUAGUAUUAUACAUGAGUAUUAAAGUACAUGAGUACAUGAGUAUUAUACUAAGAGCAAGAGAACUAGAAGAAUACAGUCAGACUAAAACGGAAGCUAGCUUAGGCAAACAAAAAGAUGGCAACCUAAAAACAAGUUCCAAUGGAAAAUAAACAAAACUAAAACAAACAACUCAAAGAUAAAGCAAAUGAAGAAAGUUAAAUACAAAGCAAAACUUAAAGUUCUCUCGAAAGGAAUCCCUUUGAAACUGAAAACUUGAACGCCCAAAAAUUCAAAAUGAAUGGAGAAAGAUUGUUGCCGAGAAGAUUCAAAUAGCUGCCUCAAAUCUGUCUUGCCAAUAUAACUGAACCCCAAGGAAGCUCAGAGAAGUCUUCAAAACCAUCAGCCACUAAACCAAAAACCAAACCCCAAAAGAUACUCCCCUUUGGCAGACCAGAGAAACGAAGAUUAAAAUCAAACCUAAUUUCAAGUCAACUACCUCAAUCAGUUAGGUUUUACUUCCCACCCACGUGAAGAGAAAUUAAGGAAAGCCAGAAGUUGGACCAAGCUUUUGAGAAUCAAAAUAGAAUAAAUCCACAGUCGGCAACUAUUGACUUUGGAUGAUCUGGUAUUUCACAAGAUUGAGGACAAGAGCGAGAAGCAGAGGGAAAAUUUUCAGAUUUCAGGUUGUCCUUGAGAAACAAUGCAUUAAGGUCUGUUUCUAAAGGCUCAAAAUGUUUUUGCCUCUCAAGCUCGGAUGACUUAGCAGAAAACUCCAACUCCUCACUGCUAACGCUGAAAGGAGAGUUGAAGGAAGACUCGCCCUUUUUUCUAGAGGGAUUAAAAGGAGUUUUGGUCGGAGAGCGUCUAAAAAAAAUUUCCUUCGAGUUGGGCAAAUAGAAUUCUGAGUACUUAAACUGCAUAGGGUGAGAAUCAUGAUCAACUGAAUUAGUAGGACGGGUUAGAGCUAGAAUUUGCGUACAACUAACUUCUAACAAAUCUGGAUUGGCCUCUAAAAACAACUUGAAUUUACUGGAUUGGACCGAGGAAUGAGAGUGGGCGCAGUUUGCCUUUAUCAAAUGAGGAGCUUGAUCUGGGUUUUUAAGGACCGUUUAGUCGAAGACUUCUUAGAUUUUUUCUUUCGGAUGGAAAACUUCGGGAAAGGCUUGAGGUAAUGCAAGAAGGCUUUUGUAACAUUUCUUUCUUUUCAAUUUUGCUCUUGGGGCCAGUCUUUUUUUUUUUUUUUUUUUGAAAAGGAAACGAAUUUCAUUUAGUAUAAAAAUGAGGUAGAGCUCAAGGUACAAGAGGGUUAUACAAUGAGCAAUUAACGAACUAGGGAUCAGUAGACGCACCUGAACGUCUUAACUAGGUCAACACCCCUUAAUGUCCUCAUCAUAUUCGAAAAUCGAGAAGUGAAAUGACAUAGAGCUAGUAAAAGUGAUCCAAAACAUAAGAACUUUACAUCAGCAGCCUAUCAUGAACAAAAGACUAAAAGAAAAAUCUAAACCGGGCAAGAAAAAUCUAAACGGGCAAAAACAGAUCCUUGCCUAACUCUCCUUUGCUAGACUUGUCAGUUGAGAUGAAUGUCCUUUGAACAUGAUUAACUAUUCGAAGGCUAAAAUCAAGGUUAGUCAAAACCUGUGUGGUUUCUUGCCCGCAACGGUUGAGUUAAGAGAUGAAAAUCAGGGCAAUAUUUUUUUCAAUUUUGGGGACUUCGAAGCACUGGAAGACCCAAAAGUGAUUGAAGGAGCAAUGGUCGAGUUAAGAGAUGAAAAUCAGGGCAAUAUUUUUUUCAAUUUUGGGGACUUCGAAGCACUGGAAGACCCGAAAGUGAAUGAAGGAGCAAUGUUCUUAAAAGACUUUGCUAAUCCGAUUGAUUUAAUGAGACUAAAUCAAGUUCUUUUAGAUGAAGAGGAAGAUUUGAAUACUUCGAAUUCCAAAUGGCGCUUCCUUCUACUUCACUUUCAAAACCUGGUUUCUAAAGGAAUCCCUUCGAGGCCUUGCAAGAAAAGGAUGAUCGUGGAGGGUUGGGUGAGUCUUCAUCUUCUUCUCAUCGGAAAAAUCAGAUUGUCGGAAAAAAAACCAAAGAAGAGGAACAAACCAGCCGUGAAUUCCGCUGAGGAAGUUAAAAAGUUGCCUUCAAUGAUGACAGAGAAAAGUAUGGCCAAGUCCUUUAUUUCGCCCAAUGAGAAUUCAAGUCUUAAUAAGGUGGAUAUUCACGAUUUAAAGUUUAUUUUAAGUGUUUCUCUCAAGAAGGCAGCCCAAAAGGCAAGUGGGCCCAUCCCAUCCAACCGAAUCUCGUCCAGCAGCAUGUCAUCGUCCCCGGAUCAUUUAGCACUUCCUUUAAUUGCAUUAUCAGAGACCAACAAAGACUAUGCCGUCAAGGGAACAAGUAAUCCUUUCUCUUCUCAUUCAAAUUCUUCUUCAGCAGCCAGAAUCAGAGGUAGAUUGAAGGUCAAACGAAGUUCCAAAACAGCAAAAAGUAGUGCAUUCUUUCAUUUCUUUCCCAAAGCAUUUUGUUAGAAGGAGACAGAUGGAGAUAGCCGAGAAGACUUUUUUCAAGACAGAUAUUUUCAGAUUCUAAUCCAGAUGUUUUAGAAGAAAUCUGCUCACAGAUUCAGGCUCCCAGCAAAAGCAACAGAUCAUAAACCCAAAAGUCUCUCCCUCCACAAUUUAAGGACUAUGUUUUAUUAUUCCCCAAUGCAAAGGUGAAUCUUCAAAUUGGAAUUCCAGUUCACACUCCAAUAUAUCCAUCUCAGAAGAAAUGAAAGGCUGAUUUGCUUCUUAUUCAGUGUAAGCAGUGAGGAAUUUGACCAAUUUGAGAAAAUAGGAUGAAAUGGAAAAGCAGAGAUCAAAGGAACCAAUAGAAGUUGAUUUGAAUGCUUUGUUUCAGUGUGAAGAAGACCAGAAAUUGAACAACAAGCUUUGGAUUGUUUAUCUCAAGUUCACCUUUGUGAAGUUCCAGCCCAUCUGAAGUCAUUGGUAGCCAACUAGAAUCUGAUUUUGGGCUAAUAUCCAGCAGCAUUCUUUGCUAGAGUGAUGAUUAUUUGAGAAUGAAAAUCGUGCCGUGGAGCACGAGAGUUUGGAAGACCCAUCAAAGAGAUUGACCCUCAAAAGAUUCUUGUAGUCACAUAAUAUGGAUCUAAUGUUAAUACAAGUAUCCAAAAAGAUGACCUUAAGUUGACCUAAUAUGAUGGCAAUUUUCAGCUUCAACAAUAAGAUUGGGAAGUGUUUGGAGAAGCUUACUAGUUGGAAGGAAGAUAAUUUUGGAAUGAGAAUAAUAAUAAACCAUGAUGGGUGUGCUUACUAUUAGUGUAAGCAAUGAAGAGUUAGAAGAGAGCGUGCUUUAGGGGUUUUUAACAAGAAGAACCCGUUCCGCUAGUCAUCCUUGAGCUAGACUUUGGUAAAAACUAUUUCGGGAAGUUUUGUCAUCAGAAGAUGUUAUGUCAAAUGGCCUGCACUUUCAACUAAGGCUUAGAUAUACUAUCCUCAAGAUUGGUUCUUUAGUUGUGUUUAAGAAGUCAUGAUAGCAGCUUGUCGGCUCGUGUAGUUAAUGAGUUCUUGUGGAUCAGAUGUUAUUUGGUUGGUUUCAAGAUAGAUCAGCAUUUUCAUUUUUGUCCUCUUCGGUGUUUUAAAAUGCCCAAGGUGCACAAAAAGGCACGGACUUUUUUCCGUAAGGCGCACUAUAUAAAAAAAAUUGUAUAUAUAUAUAUAUAUAUACACAUAUACACACACUAUAUACAUGUUUAUUUAGACAACCAAAACAUAAAUGGAUAGAAAUGAGACUUGUACAAAAAACAAAAGAUAUAUAAGAGUUAAAUAUUAGUCAACACAAAGUCAAGUGAAAUGACACAAAAACAAUCACAAAUACAAUUCUAAAAUCCUAAAGAUCGAAGUCAUUUUCACUGAAUAGAUCUUCAUCUUCAUUCUCUCCAUCAUUCAACUUAUAACCAUCUAUAUCUUCUUCGUCCAUCUCUGAGUCAUCUUCACUAAAUAGCUCUUCAGUCUCCUUUUUCUUGGACAUGUAGGCUUUAAUUUCUUCAUCGUGAUCAGGGCAUUUUCUUCAAGCAGUGGCAUUUCUAUAACCACCAAUAAGGUGUUGUUUCACUCUACGAACUCACCCUUCAGUUGUUUCUGAACAAAAUCCACACACAGAAACUUUAAAAAACAGAGUCCUCAAAAGAGGUGUCCGUUGGAGAAGAAAAAGAAGAAGAAGAAAAGGAGGAGACGAGGAGGUGUUCGAGACUUUCCUUCCGUUGAAGAAGAAAAAGAAGAAGGAGAAGCUGAGAAGGAGAAGGAGAAGAAGAAGAAGAAGAAGAUUAGGGAGAGCGUUGAAUGUACCUUUUUUUCUUGUAGAUGAAGCCACUGCCUACUUUAUUUUUACAAUAGGUUAAAAAAAUAUAAAUACAUUAUCUUAUAUAUUAAACUACAGCAUUUUAAUGAAUUUGUAAACGUUUUUGGUAGAAACAAAGCUCCAGACCUGGAUGGUUUCACUACAGAGUUCCUUGAGAAGCACUGGCCGAAGCUAAAAGGAAGCUUCAAAAAACUGUUCGACAAUUUUCAUAGAAACGGAAGGCUAAAUGCUUGUGUCCAAGAGAAUUUCAUUUGUUUAAUACAAAAGAAAGAAGAUCCGAUUCACGCAAAGGAAUUUAUACCCAUCAGCCUCACUACCCUCACUUCCAAGGUGGUAGCAAAAGUUUUAGCAGAUCGUCUAAAGCAGGUAAUGGAUUCGAUCAUAAGUCCAUUUCAAAGCACAUUCGUUGAAGGAAGGCAACUUUUAGACCUGGUCUUAAUAGUAAACAAGGCAGUUGAAGAUUAUCGAGCUAAAAAUAAAAAGGGUUGGAUUCUAAAGCUAGAUCUUGAAAAAGCUUUUGAUAAAGUGGACCGGGAGUUUCUUGAAAAGGUGUUCCAUUGCAAGAAAUUCAGCUAUAAAUGGACAACGAGGAUGAUAGGCUGCCUGAAAAACCCUCGAUUCUCUAUUUUCAUUGACAGAUAACCAAGAGGUAGAAUUAGGCUUCUAGAGGCAUUCGACAAAGAGACCCUCUCUCUCCUUUUUUAUUUCUGCUAGUCAGCAAAGUUCUAGGAGUUAAUGAAUGGAAAUUUUGAAGUCUUCACGGGUGGAAAGGAUAAUAUCCACAUUCCUAUUCUCCAUUAUGCUGAUGAUACAAUCCUAUUUUGUAAAUAUGUAGUUUGUAAAUAUGAAGAGACAACGUUUCUUAAGGUUAAAGGAAGCUAUUAAUUUGUUUGAAUGGUGUUCUGGCUAGAAAGUAAACUGCAGUGGAGUUAACAUGGGAGAAGAAGAGCUGAUCCAAAUGGCAAGAAAAUUAGGAUGCAAAUUGGAAAAGCUCCCUUUCUUGUCUUUAGGUCCCCCUUUGGGAGGCUACCCAAGGCAGGAAGUCUUCUGGCAACCAGUAAUUGAUAGGGUGCACAAAAAACUGGAUAGAUGAAAAAAUUCAGUGUUUCAAGAGGUGGAAGACAAACUUAUUGUAACUCGGUUUUGGCCAGCCUUCCAACCUAUUAUUUAUCCAUCUUUGCCAUUCUAGAGAAUGUAGUUUCUCCUCUAGAAAAACUGAUGAGAAAUUUUUGUUGGGGAGGGAACUCCGGUAGCAAAAUAAAUCAUCUGGCGGCAUGGAAAAAGGUUACACCUUCUCAGUUUGAUGUGGGGCUCAGUUUGGGAAGCAUCAAAACUCAAAAUACGGCUCUCCUUGAUAAAUGGGGCUGGAGAUAUACAAAGGAGGAUACUGCGCAGUAGAGACAAGCAAUAAGAAGCAUUCAUGGUAAUGAAGCUUUUGAUUGGCAUACUGAGCAAGUCUGGAAACAGCCUAAAAGCCCUUGGGUCAGCAUCACAAGAACAUGAAGGAAAGUGGAAGUUUUGGCCUCAUUCAAGCUUGGAAAUGGAAGAAGAUUGAACUUCUGGACAGACUCUUGGGCAGGUGAUAUCCCCCUAAAUCUUCAAUUUCCUAAGCUUUUCAGAAUCGCUUUGCUUCCCAACGGUUCGACCACUGCCCAUUGGGACACUGCCACAAAGUAUUGGUCUAUCGUGCUUCAUAGGCUGCUGAAAUAUAAGGAAAUUCCAGAUUUCCAAUCUAAGCUACUCCUCCUCUCUUCUAAAAGAGUAACAGAUUUGGAAAACAGUAGAGUAUGGUCUUUAGGCCCAUCAGGCAGAUCCAGUGAAAUCCCUUUCAGCUCACCUUGCCCCCAUCUUCCCCGCUGGACAAAGCUACAUUCAAAGCUCUUUGGAAGACCAGCAGCCAAGGAGAGUCAACAUAUUAAUUUGGAUUAUGGCUUUCAGUCUCCAAAAUUGUUCCUUGAUCAUUCAGAGAAAACUCCCCGACAAGUGCUUGCUGCCCUCAGUGUGCCCUCUUUGUACGAAGGACAGCGAGGUUUUGUUACAUUUAUUUAUUUUAUGUCCCUAUUCCACUGAAUGUUGGAGAAGUUUCCUUUCUAUUUUUAAUGUAGUUUGGGCUUUCGACGGAUCUCUUUGCUCAAAUGUUUUCCAGUUAUUGAGGGGUCCUCUGUUGCCAAAGAGACUUGAGACUAAUUUGGGCAGCACUUUUGGCAGAAAUCUGAUUUGAGUGCAGUCGGCACAUUUUUCACGACAAGGCAAGAGGCUUUGAAUGUGGAAUUCUGAUUUGACACUAUGGACACGGUUAAGACAAAUACUGCAGCAUAGUGUUCUUUGAAUGUGGAAUUCAAGGAUUACUCAAUUCAGGACGUUUGUUUAAACUGGGCGGCUUUCAUUCAUCAACCACUCUAAUGGGGGCUGAUUUUCCUGCGCUUCUAAGAAGACCAAGGUUUUGCAUCUUUAUGGCCUUUGAUGUUUUUGAGGACCUCUUAUUCAGUUUUGAUAGAUAUAGGAGAUUAUCUUUGGAGGCAUUCUGUAUUUUCCCUCCACUGUACCUGUUUUUUUUUAAUUUUGGUUUCUGUCUUUGUUUCUUCUGUGGUUGUAUGUUUCCAAAAUAUUUGAUUUGUAUUUGUUUUCGGUUUCUUUUAUUUUGGGACAUGAUGAUGACGCUAAGGAGGUGUCAACCUAGUUGAAAUUUCUGGAUGCGUCUCCUGAUCCUAUCUCGCUCUCUUUUUUUUAUGGCUUCUCUAUUAUUCUCAUUGUAUAA